GUUUCAUACAAAUGUCGGUGGAGUCGAAUCCAUUGUUUGUAAUCGAAACAAAAUGUUUGUGUUUGGUAUUUAAAAUUCAUAUCGACAAAAAUUAGUGUAAAUUUUGAUGUAUUGUUAAUAUUAAUGAGUGUUCAUAUCGAAAGUCAUUGUCAUUGACUCAAAAAUGCAUAUUAAGCAGAUUAUAAUCCAAGGAUUCAAAAGUUAUCGCGAACAAACGGUGGUGGAACCGUUCGAUAAGCGACACAAUGUGGUCGUUGGUCGAAAUGGUUCGGGCAAAAGUAAUUUCUUCUUUGCAAUUCAAUUUGUGCUCAGCGAUGAAUUCACCCACUUAAGACCCGAACAACGUCAAGCACUCUUGCACGAAGGUACUGGCACCCGUGUUCUAUCCGCCUACGUUGAAAUUAUUUUUGACAAUUCGGAUAAUCGAAUUCCGAUCGACAAAGAUGAAAUCUUUUUGCGUCGUGUAAUUGGUGCCAAAAAAGAUCAAUAUUUCUUGAAUAAAAAAGUGGUUCCACGUACCGAAGUUGUGAAUUUACUCGAAUCGGCUGGUUUUUCCAAUUCAAAUCCAUACUAUAUUGUGAAACAAGGUAAAAUCAAUCAAAUGGCAACCGCACCGGAUGCACAUCGAUUGAAAUUAUUGCGUGAAGUGGCCGGUACUCGGGUUUAUGAUGAACGAAAAGAAGAAUCGAUGAACAUUCUCAAAGAGACCGAAGGUAAAGUGGAAAAAAUCAAAGAAUUUCUGCACACAAUCGAAGAGAGAUUGGCCACAUUGGAGGAGGAAAAAGAAGAGCUCAAAGAAUAUCAAAAAUGGGACAAGGCUCGACGAAGUUUGGAAUAUAUUAUUCACGAAACUGAAUUGAAAGAUACGAAAAAGGCUCUCGACGAAUUGGAAAACCAACGGAAAACAUCUGGUGACAAACAAAAGGAAUUUAAUAAAGAAAUUCAAGAGGCUCAAGAUAAAUUGAAAGCGAUUCACAAGAGCUUGAAAGAGGCACGCAAAGAUGUGACAAUUUUAAAAGAUGAAAAAUCCGUUCUGAUGACCGAACAACAGCAAUUGCUGCGUGAAAAAACGAAACUUGAUUUGACAAUCGGAGAUUUGACCGAUGAAGUUCAGGGCGAUAAUAAGUCAAAGGAACGUGCCGAACAGGAAUUGGAACGAUUGAAAGUUACAAUUGCCGAAAAAGAAAAAGAACUGGACGAAGUUCGGCCGCGUUAUGAAGCAAUGAAACAGCGUGAAGAAGAUUUAUCACGUGAUCUUGGAUUGAAAGAACAAAAACGAAAAGAAUUGUAUGCAAAACAAGGGCGUGGCUCACAGUUUAAAUCGAAAGAAGAUCGUGACAAAUGGAUCCAAACUGAAUUAAAAUCGUUGGCAAAGCAAAUCAAAGAUAAAAUUGCCCAUCAAAAUAAAUUGCAAGACGAUUUGAAACGGGAUGCAGCCAAACAAACCGAGUUGGAGAAGAAAAUUGAAGAGCAUACGGCCGAAGUGGAAUCGAUGCGUAUACAAAUCGAUCAAUUUUACAAAGAAUCAUAUGAAUUGAAAAAGAAAAAGGAUGCAUUACAAACAGCAAGAAACGAUUUAUGGCGCAAAGAAACCCAAAUGACACAAACGCUGUCAGCGAACAAAGAAGAGUUGGGCAAAGCCGAUACGGCACUUCGUUCAAUGGCUGGCCGGCCAAUUUUAAAUGGUCGUGAUUCCGUUCGUAAAGUAUUGGAUUUGUUUUUGGAGUCAGGUGGUCCAGAAGCUGAGAUAGCCAAAGCCUAUUACGGUCCAGUCAUUGAGAAUUUUAGUUGUGAAAAAGCCAUUUACACGGCCGUCGAAGUGACAGCCGGUAAUCGUCUAUUCCAUCACAUUGUUGAGUCCGAUCGUGUUGGCACACAAAUACUCAAAGAAAUGAACAAAUUGAAAUUGCCGGGUGAAGUGACAUUCAUGCCGCUCAAUCGUUUACAAGUCAAAGUGCAUGACUAUCCCGAUAAUCCCGAUUCGAUUCCAAUGAUAUCGAAAUUGCGUUACGAAGAACAAUACGAUAAAGCGCUUCGAUAUAUAUUCGGUAAAACAUUAAUAUGCCGUAAUUUGGAGCGUGCCACCGAAUUGGCAAAGAGCACCGGUUUGGAUUGUGUAACAUUAGAAGGUGAUCAAGUAUCAUCGAAAGGUUGUUUGACCGGUGGUUAUUUCAAUACGUCGCGUUCACGUCUUGAAAUUCAAAAGAAGAGAACCGAAUUCAUGGAUUUGAUCAAAGGAUUUGAAGAGGAGCUUACAUCCAUUCGAAAUGAAUUACGAACAACCGAAACUAAUAUUAACAAUUUGGUGUCAGAAAUGCAAAAAAUUGAAACAAAGCAAGGAAAAUCGCAAGAUAUAUUCGACAAAGUGCAGGCUGACAUUCGUUUGAUGAAAGAGGAAUUGAGUCGAAUCGAACGAUUCCGUGGACCAAAAGAGCGUUCAUAUACACAGUGCAAAGCUAAUUUGGAGGCAUUGAACAGCACAAAAGAUGGCCUUGAAAAUGAAUUACAUCAAGAGCUUAUGGCACAGCUAUCGACACAAGAUCAACGUGAAGUUGACACACUCAACGACGAAAUCCGUCGAUUGAACCAAGAGAACAAAGAAGCGUUCAGCGAACGUAUGCAAUUGGAAGUGAAGAAAAAUAAACUCGAUAAUUUGUUAACGAACAAUUUAUUCCGGCGCCGUGAUGAAUUGGUGCAAGCAUUGCAAGAAAUUUCCGUUGAAGAUCGAAAACGUAAAUUAACCAAUUGCAAUGCGGAUCGUGUUGAAGCCGAAAAACGUAUUGAAAAGGUCAACAAAGACUUACAAACGGUCGAAAAAAAGGUUCAAGAUGCGGUAAAAUCGCAAAAAAAUUUACAAAAAGAUUUGGAAAAAUGGACGCAAAAAGAAAAAGAGGCCAAGGAUAAAAUCGAUGAAGAUUCAAAGAAAUUUGAAAAAUGGGCAGCAAAAGAGAAUCUCCUUCGAUCGAAAAUUGACGAGUGCACCGAGAAGAUUGCUGGUCUUGGUGCACUGCCACAAGUCGAUCCAGCCUACACUCGAAUGUCAUUGAAAAAUCUAUUCAAAGAAUUGGAGAAGGCAAAUCAGCAUUUGAAAAGGUAUAUUCAUGUAAACAAGAAGGCAUUAGAUCAAUUUUUAAGUUUUUCCGAACAAAAAGAGAAAUUGUAUAAGCGUAAAGAGGAACUGGACGUUGCCGAUCAAAAAAUUCGUGAAUUGAUGCAAACGCUUGAAAUGCGCAAAGUUGAAGCAAUUCAAUUCACAUUCAAACAAGUGGCCAAAUAUUUUACCGCCGUUUUCAAGAAACUUGUACCGCAAGGAUGCGGUCAUUUGGUAUUGAAAACACGUGACAGUCAUGAAAACGAAGAAGAUCCAGAGGUGGCAAGCUCUGAUGAUUUUACCGGCAUCGGCAUUCGUGUUUCAUUCUUAUCCAGUUCGGAAGCUGAAAUGAGAGAAAUGAACCAAUUGUCUGGCGGUCAAAAAUCAUUGGUUGCUCUUGCACUCAUUUUCUCAAUUCAAAAAUGCGAUCCAGCACCAUUCUAUCUGUUCGACGAAAUCGAUCAAGCUUUGGAUGCGCAACAUCGUAAGGCAGUUGCUGAUAUGAUUCAUGAGCUCAGCGAAAAUGCACAAUUUAUUACGACAACUUUCCGACCUGAACUACUUGAGCACGCAAACAAGUUUUAUGGUGUUCGUUUCCGGAACAAAGUAUCACACGUUGACUGUGUUACAAGAGAAGUGGCCAGAGAUUUCGUUGAAGAUGACACAACUCACGGUUAAUACAAUAAUACAUGAACACCAUCAUCACUAUUUAACUUUUCUAGAAAAUUGUUAUGGUAUAAGAUAGCGUAUAUUAGUUUAUAAUGAAUUUGUAAUUCGAAACAAAAAGAAAUAAAUUUUCCGAUAAUCAUGUGGAUUUUAAAUUUUAA